AAAGUUAACCUCUCAAAAUCUUCAAUUUUCUUCAGUGUUAACACUCCCCAAGAGAUAAAAUCUGAAAUAUGUACAACCCUGAUGGGUAUCACACCUCAAACUUCCUCAACCUACUUAGGGUUACCCCUUGGGAUUGGGAGAUCUAAAACCCACACCUUUGCUUUU